AUGGAGCGGCUGCCUCAUGGCUUCGAGGAUGUGGCUACGGCGCAGUCAAGGACAUCUGGUGCUGUCAGCAUCAUCGCCGUCGUUGUGGAUGCUCUCAGUCCAGUUAGAACGUCAGGCUCAUCUUAUAUGUCGACCUUCACGGUCAAGGACCGCGACGUUGGCUCUGGGCCGUGGGGAGGCCUCAAGGUAAAGUACUUCCAUGAUAACAAGGAUCAUCUCCCGGACCCUGAUGUAGGCGAUGUCAUUUUGCUGCGGAAUAUCAAGUCAAGUAUUGUCAGAGGCGAGCGUAUGCAUGUGUCUCCGAACCACGACAGCGCCGCCUGGGUUCUGUGGAAACGAGAUAACUCCAACAAGAUGAAGCCUGGGUGCCUCAAGCCAACCAGACAAGAGAGUGAGUAUGCCUCACUGUUGCUGAAAAAUAAUGUCUCUGCUCAAAAUAUCUCCCAGAGCCAGCACGGUGGAGAUGGCAAACAGCAUACCCUGAAUCCGACUCCAAGCCAGAAACAAAAGGGUGCGCUCCCGAGCCGCAAGUUCUGCCUGCUCAAGGAUGCCGAAUUUUCGAAAUUUAUAGACAUUACCGGCGAGGUUGUCAAAACGUUCAGGGAAGCUGAUGAUAGGUUCAUACUUUACGUCACUGAUUAUACCUCCAAUGACCAUCUUUUUAAUUAUAUACAGCCAUCUAACGGCAUGGACGAUGAUGACGGUCCGUAUCAAUACAUUAAAAAGGACAACGACAAGCAAUGGCGUGGCCCCUAUGGGAGAAUGACUAUCCUUAUAACACUCUUCACCCCGCACGCUGAAUACGCUCGAGAAUAUGUCAAGGAGAAGGACUAUGUUACUCUCUAUAACGUCCGCAUCAAGGCGGACAGAACUUCUGGCCGGAUGGAAGGCGCCUUACACACCGAUCAGAAAUACCCUCACAAAAUACAAGUACAUAUUAUCAACGAUACGGAAACUGACCUGCAUUUCAUGCAGUUAGUUAAACGAAAAAUGCAGUAUUGGAAAAAAAUACGUGUAGAACUGCCCAAAGACUUCAGUGAAAAUAAUCAAUCACGAAAAGCGCCUGGCUCUGACCCUGUCAGGGACAGGAAAAGGAAGAGGCAGCAAGAGAAACGGGAGAGACUAAAGGAAGAAAAGAGAAAGAAGAAAAAAGAUCCUGACCAGCCAGAUUUCCCUCGUCUGGUCCAGACGAAAAGGGAUGAGCUAAACCCCCAUAACGCCGAUACCCAUGCAUUCAAGGGCUCUGAUGGUGUAGAGUUCCAGUUACCUUUCCAAAACGUCCGCUACCGCUCUUCUGUCCGCGUGGUUGACUAUUUCCCCCAUAACCUAGAAGAUUUUUCUGUCUUAUAUAAUAGAGACCUCGCCCUCCUCUCUGACGAUACAGACGACGUAUCUGAUGACAGUGACUCUGACGCCAACCGGUGGUGGGAGUGGCGAUUCUGUCUCCUUGUUGAAGACGGCGGUCCAAACAUUCCUCCUCUCCCGCCGGGACAGACACGUGAGCGCAUGCCGCUCUUUGUCUGGGGCUCUGAUGCAGAGUUUCUGCUACAGAUGGACGCCGUUAACCUACGUGAUAACUCGGAUGCACUAGCUAGUCUCCGAGAGAAGCUAUUUGUUCUAUGGGGUGACUUGGAGGAGCGCAAAAGCGCUGAUAUAGAUGCUUUCUAUUCCGGAAAAGCAGAUACCGUCUCUACAAAACCUUUUACCUGCUGCAUUAAAGAGUACGGUGUCAAGACUGGAAACAAAGAGACCGACCCUAUUUCCCUAGGUUGGGAAAGACGUUUCCAGAUGUUCCAAACUGCCAUUUCGUGA